GGUUUCCCCGCUUCGCACAGGCCACGGCUCAGAGGUUCCGCUGAGCGAAGUUGCCAAGACUUGGCAGGGCCGCGGUUGCUCCUCGUCACCUUCCCCUACGCCAUCACCACCGUAUCCUCGCCCCCAGCAUGCCUUGGAAGCCGACCUACGCAAAUCAGGCCCUCGAAAGACUCGAGGACGCCAGAAAGGUCGCAGCAGAUAAGCUCAAGGCGGCCAAUACAGACAAGUCGGCCAACUUCUCCGACCGCAUCAAGACCGUCAGGGGAUCCCAGACGGCCGUAGGAGCGCGAUGGGACCAGGAGGCGGCAGCCAGGAGAAAAGCGCAGGGGCUUGAUGAUGCAGAUGGUCAAGAGCAUGGAGAAUCGGCAGCUGUAGCCACUUCUGCGGGCGAUCGGCACUUACCUCCUGCGCGAUCGUUGGGAUACCGUGGACCACCUCCCCAGCGAACGGGUGCAUCGGUACCGUCCCCUGGCAACGCAGCCGCACCCCCUCCACCGCCUCCCAGGCCUACCAACGCCGCUACUGGUGGCACUCGUCCACCCUUGCCAGCUCGAUCUUCCACUCAAGGAUCAGCCGGCGCCCCUCUACCACCGCCCACAAGGGGAGGUGCGCAACGGGCCAAUCCACCCUUGCCACCCAGGAUGAACAACGAAAGUGGCACCGCGCAUCCUCCGCCUCCUUACAAUCCCAUGCCUGCAGCAGACGAAGCCACUGCCGCCAUGGACAACCUGAGCAUCGCAGCAGCAGCCCCACCUCCCCCGCCGGCCAGAAGAGGGCCUCCCCCAGUGCCUGCCACACGCAAGCCUGGUCCCCCACCCCUUCCUGGCAAUAGACCGCUACCUAGCUCUGCACCUCGCGCUGCCACUGUCACGGCUUCACAAGCACCUGCAGCUCCUCCCUCUCGGCCUCAAGCCCCGCCCCGCCCAGCAGCUUCUUCCUCCUCACCUGUAGCUCUGGUGCCUCUCUCCUGCUCUCGCCACCCCUCGACUGAAGCCUGCAAAGCCCUCACAGCAGCCACCUUCUUCUGCUACCCCUCCCACUACCCUGAAUGGUCAUCCCCAACACCCUGGUUUGCCUCCAAAGGGCAGGGCCGACUCGUACCCCCACCUUCCCUCGAUGGCAGGAAAGACCUCUUCACAAAGUACUCGUGGAUGUCCUACGGUCCCAGUGUCAAGAUCCAGGGAGUGCUGCAGUUCGACGACCUCUCCACGCUGUGGUACCAGAUCUCUUACACUUCGCAAAAUGCAGGCAACUUUGAGUGUAAAGUCUCCUACGCCGAGCCACCUUCACCCUGGGGUGAGCUUAGCCACCCAGGUCUGCUCAAGGCCAGCGCAGAGGGGUAUGGCGAGCUAGUAGCUCGCAAGGUGGAGCAGUGGGAAGGGACCGUCGUGGGUGACGGGGAGUGCUGGACACUAGCUGCACAGGCCCUACAGGAGGUGAAUCGCGAACAGGGCUAUGCUCCCGAUGUGCAAAUGCUCGAGAGUGUGGGACGCACACAUGGCCAUCUCGUCUAUCACGCGUCCAUUGAUGGUGCCUCAGGGCAGGCGAGUGGGAUCUGGAGAGGAGGAGACUUUGGUCAAGUCCGCAGGGGAGAUAUCAUCGAGUGGGCCACCUCCUCCUUCCACCUGCCAGACGGGCGGACGGUCAGUCUAGGCGCGCCAGAACGGGGCAUGCCAGACCAUACCGCGGUGAUUAUCGAUGUCACUCCCCCUCCACGCGGCCUCCCCGCCCUCCCUUCCUCUUCUUCUUCACACCCUUCCCUUCCCCCCGACCAGCACCCUCUGCCUCCCUCCGAGCUCAUGGGAUCCCUAACCGUCCUAGAGCAAGCAGCAGGUCAAGUCGUACACCGCACAUCUUUCCCCUUUGGAGAUGCGCCGCGUGCUUGGACCAUGGGGGCAUUUUGGAUCUUUAGACCUGUAGGGAGGAAGAGUCUACUUGAGGGGGAAGUGGAGCCGGGAGCUUGGGAGGGAAGUGGAGAUGGAGAGGGGAGGAGGAGAAGAGGGUGGGAGCCGUUGAAUUGAAGAGUGGUAGGAGAUGUGGAAGAGAGAGAGGGGAGGGAGAUGAUCAUUUUCUUCCACGCAUCGAAUAUUCUCAAUACCAAGGUAUAAAUUUCGUGUCUACACAUCAACGUCUCGUCGUAUCUCGAGAGCAUCUCAAUGAAUGAAGAAUCAACAAAUCGUCCACGCAAC